AUGGAUCCUCGUUACGGCGCCCAGCCUAUGCCUCCGCGCCGGUCGCCUUCACCUGGCCACCCGGUCCAGCCAGGCUAUCAGCUCGAUGAUAACCCCUUCGACGAUGGCCGAUACGGACAAUACGGCCCUUCCUCACAGCACCUGGCCAUGCCAGGUCAUGAUCCUCACGGACGGCUGCCUACUCCCAGCGACCACCUGAGCCUCAACGCAGCUCAAUCAGUCGACAAUCUGGCAGGCUACGGCCCCCCCUCUGGAGGCGACUACGCCAUAAACCCAGAAGCGCAUCACGAUGCCUACUACAACCAGCCUUACGAGCCUCGCCCGCAGCAUCAAGGUUACGAUCAGGGCUACGAACAGGAUUACGAUGUACCUGAUAAUCGCCCCAUGUUGCCUCAUCAACACUCCGACGUCCCUAGCGAGCAAUACCAAGAUCCGCCCCAGCAAGGCGGCGGCAUACAGCGUCGGAAGACCGUCAAGCAGUUUGCGCUGUACCGCGGCAACCUUGUGUUCGAUUGUCGCGUGCCUCCACUUCUGCUGCAGCAGAAUCCCCACGGAGAGCGAGAUGAAUUUACACACAUGCGAUAUUCAGCUGCUACGUGCGACCCAAACGAUUUUCACGACCACGAUUUUACGCUGCGACAGAGGCUCUUCAGCAAGCCUAGGCACACCGAGCUGUUCAUUGUCGUAACAAUGUACAACGAGGACGAGAUUUUGUUUGCCCGAACCAUGACGGGUGUAUUCAAGAACAUCGAGUACAUGUGUAACCGACCAAACAGCAAGACAUGGGGCAAAGACGCCUGGAAAAAGAUUGUUGUUUGUGUUGUCAGUGAUGGUCGAUCCAAGAUUAACCCCCGAACUAGGGCUCUUUUGGCUGGUAUGGGUGUUUAUCAAGAAGGCAUUGCCAAGCAACACGUCAACGACAAGGCCGUCACAGCCCAUAUUUACGAGUACACCACGCAAACCCAUCUCCAGAUCAAGAACAAUGUUGUACAGCUUGUUCACAGACGCCAGCCUGUCCAGAUGCUCUUCUGCUUGAAGGAGAAGAACGCUAAGAAGAUCAACUCGCACAGAUGGUUCUUUAACGCUUUCGGCAGAGUCUUGGACCCCAACAUUUGUGUUCUUCUCGAUGCUGGUACACGACCUGGCGGAAGCUCCAUUUACCAUCUCUGGAAGGCGUUCGAUCUGGAGCCCAUGUGCGGUGGUGCCUGUGGUGAGAUCAAGGCUAUGUUGGGUACUGGUGGAAGGUACCUUUUGAACCCACUGGUCGCUGCUCAGAAUUUUGAGUACAAGAUGAGCAACAUUCUUGAUAAGCCGCUAGAAUCUGCCUUUGGUUUCAUUUCUGUGUUGCCCGGUGCUUUCUCAGCUUACCGCUACGUUGCCCUUCAAAACGAUAAGAACGGAAAGGGUCCCCUUGAGAAGUACUUCCUAGGUGAGACUCUCCACGGAGGAAGUGAGGCCGGCCUCUUCGAGUCCAACAUGUACCUCGCUGAAGAUCGUAUUCUUUGCUUUGAGCUCGUAACCAAGCGCAAUUGUCACUGGAUUCUUCAGUACGUCAAGUCAGCUACUGGUGAGACUGAUGUGCCCGACACGGUGACGGAGCUGGUCCUCCAGCGACGUCGUUGGCUGAACGGUUCUUUCUUCGCUGCUAUAUACGCCAUUGUUCACUUCCUCGACUUCCUUCGAUCGGACCACACGUUCCUCCGAAAAUUCGCCUUCUUCAUCGAAUUCAUCUUCAACACAAUCAACAUGAUCUUUGCUUGGUUCGCUAUUGGCAACUUCUUCCUGGUCUUCAAGAUUCUCACGACGAGUUUGGGAGAUGAUACAUUACUCGGACGGACUGGAGAGAUCCUAGGCGUCGUAUUUACCUGGCUCUACGGUGUAUUCUUGAUCACGUGUUUCGUUCUGUCACUAGGCAAUCGACCAGCAGGUUCUGGUAGACUGUACACUGCCAUGUGCUGGUUCUGGGCUAUCAUCAUGAUCUAUCUAAUGUUCGCCGCAGUCUUCAUAUCGGUCAAGGCCAUCAUUGCAGACGUGAACGACGAAAACGGCUUCAAUAUUUCCGACAUUUUCAAGAAUAAGGUCUUUUACAUGCUGAUUAUCUCGCUCAUGUCAACAUACGGCAUCUGGUUGAUCGCUUCACUUAUUAUGCUGGAUCCGUGGCACAUGGUCACAUCAUUCGCCCAGUAUAUGCUUCUCACACCUACCUUCACUAACGUUCUGAACGUGUACGCUUUUUGCAACACUCAUGAUGUCUCUUGGGGUACCAAGGGUGACGACAAGGUCGAAGAGCUUCCUUCGGUUAAUACCAAGGACGGUACCGGAAAAACGGACUUACCCGAUGAGGGAGACUUGGAUGCGCAAUAUCAACGAGAAGUCGCAGUCUUUGCGCAGAAAUUCGUCGAGGUCAAAUCCGCCCCAACCCCUAGUCAACUUCAAGAAAGACAGAUGGAUUACUAUAGAGGUGUCCGCACCGGUGUUGUCCUUCUUUGGAUGGUCACGAAUUUCGGACUUGCUGCUAUCGUCCUUAGCUCGGCCGGCCUCGACCGAAUCAGCACCAAGGAAGACAAGGAGGCAGAGCAGCUAAGCCGGUCUAAUAUCUACAUGUCUAUCGUCCUGUGGAGUGUAGCGGGUCUGAGUGCAUUCAAAUUUAUCGGCGCUAUGUGGUUCUUGGUUGUACGCAUGUUCCGUGGUGUUUAGGCCUGGUCCGGGUUGGGUCACGGACGGGUGUGCGCAAUAUUUAGCUCUCACUUUAUACCCUUUCACGAAAGAGAUGUUCAGCUAUUAUGGAGGACGAAUACAUACCAGGAAGGCGUUUUAGGUUGUUUAGGCUUAGGUUUUCAUAUCUUAGGUAAAUACUAAGAUAAAUCUUAUGAUUUGAC